UCGUUUGAUGGAAAAGUAGACACUGAGAGAAGCAGAUAGAGAAUGAAGGGAGGUGUGAGCUUUCUCAACGCUUCCCCUAUCUCCCAAUUACUACCAUUACCAAACGACCGUCUCUCCAUUGCCAGAGUGUAUACGCCAAAACGACGUCGUCUUAGGGCGGAGAUCGAACUUAGGGUUUGCGUCAACCGGACUUGCCGGAGGCAAGGUUCUCUGCAAACCCUAGAAACCCUUUCCGGCAUAGCUUCCCCCGACGUCGCCGUCAAGUCUUGCGGCUGUCUCGGCCGUUGCGGCGCCGGGCCCAACCUCGUGGCGCUUCCAGACGGCGUCAUCGUCGGACACUGUGGGACGGCUGCUCGUGCUGCAGAAGUUAUGAUGAGCUUCGUCGCCGGCGAUGCUCAGGAGAGUUUGGCUGCUUUGGCGUUGAGGAAGAGAGCUGAGAAUGAGUUGGAAAAAAAUAAUUUCUCGGAGGCUGAGCUUUUGCUUUCUCAGGCUAUAGAUCUUAAACCAUCCGGAGGUAUCCAUAUCAUAUAUAAAGUCAGGUCUUCUGCAAGGUUGGCAAUGGGCAACCAUGCUGGUGCUCUGGAAGAUGCUAAUGAAGCUCUGACAUUAGCUCCUCGAUAUCCUGAGGCUUAUAUUUGUCAGGGAGAUGCUUUCUUGGCUAUGGACCAGUUUGAUGAUGCUGAAAAAUCAUACUCGACAUGUUUAGAGCUCGAUCCCUCCAUUCGUCGUUCCAAAUCAUUCAGGGCUCGGGUUGCAAAGCUUCAAGAGAAACUUGGUGCUGCAAGUACACGUUAAGAUAUUUAAUCUAACUGAAGUUAAGUGAGAAUAAAUGGAAUUAAUUCUGGAUCCCUUUGUCGUUUCCAGUUUGACCAAGGAUCCAUUUGGUAGUGACUUUCAUAAAAGUGCUGAGAAGAGGAGGAGAAGGAGGGUGUACCCUAGCCAGAGGCGAGUCAGGCGACCGCGUAGCGCCUUGCCAGAGGCGAGAGCCUUGUGCACCUACGCAGCGCCUUCGUGAAGAGGCGUCGCGCGCGCCUUUCACAACUAUGCUUUCAUUUGUUGACAAUUUCUUUGGUCUUUGUAUAGGCUAGUAAAUUUGCUUUCAAUAUAAUUGUCAUAAUGUAUUUUCCUUUCAAGUUGACGAGCUUGAAACCUCGUAUUGUUCUUCAAAAGACUUGUGUUAUUGCCAUUGUUAUAAUCUUUUGAAUGAACUUAUUGUUGACCUA